AUGAGUGUAGAAGUUACCAAGAACUCCAAGACCGUUUGUGUAAUGGACGCAUCCGGCCGCCUCGGGGCCUCUUUGGUCGAGAGCCUCCUCCGGCGAGGAUACACCGUUCAUGCUGCCCUUUGCGACCAUGGUGAUCUCAAUAUAUCCAAAGGAGUCUCUAACGAGAGGAGCAACAACCUGAGGAUAUUUCGAUCCGAUCCGUUUGAUUAUCAGAGCAUCGUUGAUGCCAUGAGAGGGUGCUCUGGCUUGUUCUACAAUUUUGAGCCUCCAAAGGAUAAUCCAACCUAUGAUGAGUUCAUGGUUGAGAUGGAGGUGAGGGCAGCGCACAACGUAUUGGAAGCCUGUGCUCAAACGGAGACCAUGGAGAAGGUGGUCUUCACAUCGUCGGUAACCGCCGUCAUAUGGAAGGAGGAUCGAAGUUCGAUGGAGGAGCUCGACGAGAGAGAUUGGAGCGAUCCUAGUUUCUGCCGUAAAUUUAAGGUAUGGCACGCCCUAGCGAAAACCCUAGCUGAGAAAACAGCAUGGGCACUAGCCAUGGAUCGAGACACCGUCGACAUGGUCUCCAUCAACGCCGGCCUCCUCACCGGCCCCGAGCUCUCCGCCGCCGCGCCGUACCUAAAAGGCACGCCGGAGAUGUACGACGACGGAGUUCUUGUGACCGUCGGCCUAAAAUUCCUCGUCGACGCUCACAUUUGCGUCUUCGAGAGUUCGUCGGCGUACGGACGGUACCUUUGCUUUGAUCAUGUCGUUUGUCGGCCGGAAGACGCCACUAAGUUUGCCCGGAUGGUGUCGCCUACUGGCUCUUGCCCGCCGUCAAGUGAGGGUUUGAGUGUGAGGCAGCCAAAGAUCCGGAGCAAGAAGCUAAGCAAGGCAAUGCUGGAGAACGCAGAAGGCGUGUGAAAGACAAAAAAAAAAAAAAAAAGAUAUUAAAUUAAGGAACAGUACAAUAAACAAUAUUGACAGGAAAUUUAGAUUAAUCAAAGUGGAGUAUCAUGGUUUUCUCUAUGAAUUUGUAAAAUCAGUAUAGGUUAUAAUAGUUUUGUGUGCAGAUUGGUUGCAUACAGGCCAAAGACGAGUUUUCUUCAGAAGGACAGAUGUAUUAAUUUGAUAAUACUUUUGGGUGUGUUUCAGUUUAUACGGUCAAAAUGACCAUCUUGUAUUUAUUUAGAGCUUUUCGUUUGAAGAACUGCGCAACAAACAAAGCUGAACAUUAGAAUUA